AACAACAUCUUCCCUGUCUCAUUCUGACUGUAUUUUUUGUUUUGUUUUGUAUUUUUCUUGCAGCGAACGGCGUGACUGGGCAACAACUGAAGGGCAGCCAGGCGGAUCCGUGCAAGGUGAAAGGACGUGUGGCUGGCGAUGAAGUCUAUUGCGACCGUUAUUGGGAGUGUGUUAGCAGUCAGCCAGAGCUUUACGAUUGCCCCAAUGGACUGGUCUUCGCCGGGAAGCAUCGUGGCGUUACGGAAGGCUGUGAUUAUCCGUGGCGCGCCAACUAUUGCGAGGGCAAGCAAUUAGCGAAUGGUCCCAUAUCGACAGAACAUUGCGACUGGCUGUAUGGCAUCUUUGGUCAUGAGACAUCGUGCACACGCUACUGGACUUGCUGGAAUGGCACCGCUACAGAGCAGCUUUGCAUCGGCGGUCUGUUGUACAAUGAGAAUGCCCACAGCUGCGAUUGGCCGGAAAAUGUGGACGGUUGUCAGAAGCAUCCUCUCUGCAAUGAGGAUGCCAACGGUAAUGUCCCACUGGGUAAAUCUUGCAACCGUUAUUGGCAAUGUCAGGGUGGCUAUCCACGCUUACAACGCUGUCCCGCCAUGUUGGUAUUCGAUCGUCAUUCGUUGCGUUGCGUCGUCCCGCCAACGGAGGAGUGUGAUAUACCCACAACGCCAGCGCCACUAGAUGGAGAAGGAGAGAAUAAUAAUGUUGGCGGCGGUCAGCUGUCCAAGGACGAACAAGAACGGAAGGUAAGUUUUAACAGUGAUUUAUGAGUGCAUACACUCGUA